UGUAUAAAUAUGCUUUUAUUACGAAAAGUAAACAUUUUUUGCAGUUGCAGAAUUCAUUUAAAUUUAAAAUGAUAUAAACAGUUUUAUCUAAAGAGGCGAUUUGAAUAAAAUAUCUAACUUAAUCUAUUUGACUGUCAUAACAAAAAAGAACCAUGGACUUUACAGCUAAAUACAAGAUAAACUUUUCAUAUUGCAUAGCUGCCUCAGUAAAUUUGAUGUCAAUGCUAGCAGGUGUAGGAUAUGCCUGGUCAUCCCCUUGUAUUCCAAAGCUUGCCGGCCAAGUUGGUCCCGAAUUUAAUCCGCUUCCAAAACCUGCGAACUUACAGGAAAUAUCUUGGAUAACAGCUCUUCACUGUAUGGGUGCAAUUUUUGGACCAUUGUUGACAGGCUGUAUAGCAUAUAAAAUAGGAAAAAAGAAAACGUUAAUACUAUUUGCCAUUCCUCAAAUGGUAUCUCAUAUCAUACUAAUAUUUGCUAACAAAGUUGUCCAUUUUUAUGUCGCAAGAUUUUUGCUUGGUAUGGGAACAGGUUGCGUAUUUUCUCUAGUCCCAGUAUAUGUAGCAGAAAUAUCAGAAGCUUCACACAGAGGACGAACGAGUAUGUUUCUUCCGUUAAUGCUAACUUUAACGCAAGAUUUAAUGUUUGUGAUAGGUCCAUAUGUUACUAUAAGAACCCUAGCUUUAUGGUCAUUAUUGCCAUCUAUCCUAUUUUUCAUAAGUUUUGGCAUAUUCAUGCCAGAAAGUCCUUACGACUGUGUUAAACGAAACAAAAUAUCAAAAGCUCAACAUUCGUUAAUGUUUUCUAGGCAAACCAGUAAUGUACAGGAUGAGUUACAAAAUAUCAUUAAUUAUAUAGACGAGGAUAAGAAAAAAAGUAGAAUAAAUGAAUUAUGUAAGUCAAGGGCUGUCGGAAAGAGUUUUCUAGUUGCAUUUAUGUUAAUGUUUUUUCAACAGUUUAAUGGCAGUAAUGCUAUAUUUGCUUAUCAACAAACUAUUUUUUCAGCUUCUGAGUCGACCAUUCCAGCUGAUAAAUCAGUAAUGUUAGUGGGCGCUUUUCAAAUACUAGUACAACUAUUUGUUUCAAAACUAGUUGAUAGUUGGGGAAGGAAAAACCUCUUGAUUGUUUCAUACGUUUGCCAACUUAUUUCACUGGUCAGUCUUGGAAUAUAUUUUUGUCUGCAAAGACAUAAUUUCAACAUAGAAUGUUUGUUUUGGCUGCCCAUAACAAGUGUUAUGUUGUUUAUGUUAAGUUUCAAGAUGGGUGCAGGUCCAGUAUCUUGGAUAAUUGCCGGAGAAAUUUUCCCAACAAACUUCAAGUUUGUUCUAAGUCCUUUGAUUGCUUUUUGUAUGACUUUUAUGAGUUUUCUGGUAACUUUUGUGUUUCCAAAAUUUUCGGUUUAUAUUGGUUAUGAAUACUCAUUUUGGAUAUUUGGUGUUGUUGUUGCAACUGCUAUUCCUUAUAUUUAUCUAAUGGUGCCAGAAACAUCAGGUAAAUCGCUGAAGGAAAUUGAAAGCAUUUUCCAAGAUGAAGUAACUACUUCAAUAGAAAAUCAACCAUACCAAAAAGUGAAGUCUUAGCUGUCAAAAGGUAUAUCUACACAUAGCAAAAUAGUAAAUUCAUUAUUCAUCGAAAUCAUAUUUUUUUAUCUUUAAAAGUUUUGUUUACUUUUAUUCAGUAAUAGUCCAGUCGGGUUAGACGAAUAACAGGCCUAACCUUGCAUUAUGAACUGCCCCAAAUUUUAUUUUUCUUAUCUUUAGGGGGGACAAUAGUAGUGCAAAAUUAAAAUCUCGACUGAAUUUCGUCGUUGCAUUAGCCGCCACCUUGAUUUUAAACGAGAAUCAUUUUUGCUCAAUAUUUCCGCCAUUUUCAACUUUUCGACAAAAAGUAUAGGAACUAAAAUUGUUUAGAGUAUGAUUUUAUAUAAUUUUUAUUAUCAGAAUUUUUUCGUGCGGUUGAUAUUUUCCGAGUUAUGGUUGAAAAUAGUGACAGUUAGAUCAUAAUUAUUGAAUUAUCUCGUUUAUUAUUAGCGCUACCACAAAAAUGUACCUAUACAAAAAUAGAGAAAAUUUAAUUCUACACCAUUUUGAUAUCCUUACUUUUUUUGCUAAAAUUAAUAUUUAAUGUAGUACCUACGUAUGCGGUAAUGGCGUGAGCGUAAAGCCUGAUUGAUUUUAUAGCAAUUAUUGUUUUUGUUCAAUAUCUACGCCAUUUUCAAGUAAUAUUGUUCAAAGUAUGAUUUCCUAAAAUUUCUUUUUAACAAUUUUUUUCAUGCGGUUGACAUUUUCUGAGUUAAGUGGGAAAAUAGUAAAAAGUGGCGGGGAGCGUAAUUAUUGAAUUGAAUCUUGAUUCCAAGCUGCCCCAAAUUUUAUAAUUCUAUCCUUUAGGGAAGAUAAAUAGUAGUGUAAAUUUAAAAUCUCGACUGAAUUCCGCGGUUGCAUUAGCCGCCAUAUCGAUUUUAAAGGAGAACCGUUGUUUCUCAUUAUCUCCGCCAUUUUCAACUUCCGAUAAAAAGAUAGUAACUACAAUUGUUGGAGAUGCAAUUUACUACAAUUUUUUUUACACAAUUUUUUUAUGUGAUCAAUAUUUUCCGAGUAAAGGGGGAAAAUAGUGGAAGCGGAGGGGAAGCAUAAUUAUUGAAUUGUCUCAUUUAAUAUUAACUUUACGACAUAAUUGUACGUAAACAAAAAUUAAGAGAAUUAUAUUUUAUAUAAUUUUUGAAACUUCCAAUGAACACCAACCAAACUAAGUACAUAAAAGACAUAAACAAUCACUUAUAUUAUGCAUUAAAUUCACUUAAUUUUAUUAUAUAUUGCAGGUUUUAUUGGUUGAAUUUGUCUGUCGAUAUUUGAAGUUCCAUGUCAGCUAACAUAUUUUUAGUAUUCAACCAUUUUUUUUUUAAUUUUGUACCCUGUUGGGGGCAAUUUCCCCAUCCGCAGAAAAAAAUCUCUCUGGUUCUGGUUCUCUCGAAAAAUUGUAGUAAAUCGUAAUUGCAACAAUUUCAGUCCUUACAGUUUUUGCCGAAAAGUUUAAAAUGGCGGAGAUAUUGAACAAAAACAAUUGCUAUAAAAUUAAUCAGGUCUUACGCUCGCAUCAUUACCUCAUACGUACUACCUAAAUAAUAUUGAUUUGAUCAAAAAAAUUAAAGAGAUCAAAAUUAUACAAAAUUUAAGUCUCUUCAGUUUUGUAUAGGUACAUAUUUGGUUGUAAAACUAAUAAUAAACGAAAUAAUAAAAGUUGAAAAUGGCGGCGAUAUUGAGCAAAAACGGUUCUCGUUUAAAAUCAAGAUUGAGUCCAAGAUUGAGUCAAGAUUGAAUUUAAAAUCAAGAUUAAAAUCCAAGGUUACUAAUGCAACCGUGGAAUUCAGUCGAGAUUUUAAAUUUACACUACCAUUGACUCCCCCUAAAGAUUAGAAAAAUAAAAUUUGGAGCAGCUCGUAAUGCAAGGUCAAAUGCUAUGCCGAAUGGGCUAUAAAUGAUACUUAGUAAUCAGUCAAUGAUUGCAGUUUAAGAGCCAGUUUAAGAAUUAUCUAAUCUACCAGGUUGAUGUAGGAAGAAAAUUAGAAAACCGUCUUGUUUAGCAUCUUUUCUUCUAUAAUUCUGCUGGUAGAUAGUAUGACGUUUUCUCUUACAGCCUUAUGAGAUCAUAAGAUUACUCAGGAAAGAAAUUACCAAAUUGUGGCACUUGGUAUAUCAAUGAAGUAGCCUUAAAUAAUAAUUAUAAAUAUAUUAUAUAUAUUUUUGUAGCAUACAAUAGGUAUUAUAGUUUUAUAUUUUAUAUUUAAUUUAUUAAAUGUUAUUUAAAACCA